CACAACAAGAGGAAUACACUAGACUACACCCAACCAAACCAUAUCUCUUCUCUUCACACACAUUUCUCUCUUUAUAUUAUUCUCUCCUCCUACCACUCUUCUUAUCCCAUUCCUCUCUCUUUCCUUCUCAACUCACUGAGUUUUCCCACCGAGUCACCUCUAAAAAAGGUUUUUUCGCUAUGAAAGGAGCCAAAUCCAAAUCUGAGUCCAAAAACAGCAGGCUUGGAGUGAAGAAAAGAGAAGCACCAGCUGUGAAGAAAGCGCCCGCGAAGAAAACCAAAGAAGCCAAGGAUCCCAACAAACCUAAAAGGCCCGCUAGUGCCUUUUUUGUGUUCAUGGAAGAUUUCAGGAAACAGUAUAAGGAAAAACAUCCCAACAACAAAUCUGUGUCGGUUGUUGGUAAGGCUGGGGGUGACAAAUGGAAAUCAUUAUCCGAAGCUGAGAAAGCUCCAUAUGUAGCUAAGGCGGAGAAGAGGAAGUCUGAAUACGAGAAAACUCUCCAGGCCUACAACAAGAAAUUGGCCGAAGGAAAGGAUGCUGAAGAAGAAGAAGAGGAGUCUGACAAGUCAAAGUCAGAAGUUCACGACGAUGAAGAUGACAGUGCAGAGGAUGAGGCGGAGGACGAUGAUGAUGAUGACGAUGAGUGAAAAGAACAACUGAUGAGAUGUGUAAGAAGGGAGUUGGGAAGGAGGGGGUAAAGUUGUGUUUAGGAAGUUUGAAAACAACUAUGUAAAACAAGAAUUUGGGGGCUAAAACAAUUGCCCUUUUUAGUUAACCUUCUUAAUAAGAGAAGGUUAUAUAUUAGAAAAAUCCAAAAUAGUUUCAACCUGGGAAAGGCUUGAAGCUUUGUAUCCUAUCUGUACUUUUGAUCCUUAAUUCUAGCUCAAGCAUAAUUUUAGCUUUA